AUGAAAGUUUUUCAGAUAUUCCAUGGGUUAGCUUUGCUGAGUGAUAACAAAGGAUCAGGUUUCCCGGUUCGACUGGAGUUGACACGCGACCUACUGAACAUCCAGGUUCCCAUUGCGUUGGCCUCAUUUACCAAUACGCCGUUGCUGAGCACCGACAGGUGCGUAAUCGUGAAAAGACAUCCGGAUGGUGGAUUGGGCUUUUCAGUGAAGGGAGGAGAAAGUGGGGCGUGUAAAGUACCAGUUAUGAUAUCUAAAGUUGCUGAAACCGAAACAGGUACGAGUAGCGAUGCCGAGUGCUUAACUUCAUUUCAAGAGCCAUUGUUUUUAGCAUACACGGAUGGUCCCCUUUUCGUAGGAGAUGUCAUACUAGAGGUGAACGAUACGAACGUGGAAGACAAAACGCACGACGAGGUGGUACAACUGCUGAAAGAGUGUGACCAGGAGGUGAAGUUGAAGGUGAAAUUUCAAAGCGGGAUGACCCAUCUGUUACACAGAACAACGUCCAGAAGGCGCAUUGAAAACAACUCCGAAAGAAGCACUGACGUGUCAGAGAGUGAACUUUCUUUGCUUCCGUCUAUCAGUUCAUACGACAAGAGUACGCUGCCGAAAGGUUGGAGUCCCUUCAUGUCGUUGCCUCUUCCGAUGGCGUACAUCACUCGUUACCUCUGGGGUACAGAUAAACUGAGGUCGAAUGGCUUCGAAGUUCGAACCGCAGAUGGUACAAGCUCAGGAAUAAUUUAUUGCGAGGAUAUCAAGAUCAUAGAACACUGGGUUCAUUACAUAACAUCCCAUAUAACGGCGUUGAACAAUCAAUCGAUAAAGAUGUCGAACAAAAUGCUUCAUCCGGAUGAAUUGAUCGUUUAUCUCGGAUGGGUAUGCGAAAGACUGAACGAAGAACAGUUCGACACAACCGAUUUUUUGAAGACGUGGGAACCUUACUUCUUGAUCCUUAAAGGCACAUGCGCGUGGUUCUUCGAUACGCCCCCGUUAAGCGACGAAGAUUUCAAAAAUUCACUCAUGACCUUGAAGAUAUACGAAACUCGUUUUAAAGACAUUAAGGCAAGCGAUAGGCGAGACAAACGAAAGCACAGCUUUAUGAUCGAAACCGCGUCCGGUGAGAGGCACUACCUCAGCGUUGAGUCUUCCGAAAUCUUGCAGCAAAUUCGAAGGGCUUGGAAUCGCUGCACUUAUUACGCAGUUACUAAAAUGCGAAACAACAUGAAUAUCAACUGUUUUGUUCAGAAGCGUACUUUUGCGUGUGUCAAAGACGAGCGCCCUUCCGGACUAGUGAUCGACUUUCUUCAAGGAAUUGGACUCUACGACAUUCCGUCAAAGGUACUAAGAACCGAAAUAGGUUCGUAUAUUUCAGAGCGAUCCAUGGUUAAGUACACUAGAGCAGGAAAGUAAAU